UUUUCUAUAGGGUCUGUGCAAGAGAUUGUUGUAACAAACAGACGCUGAAGCAGUCUGAAGGUUCAAGGUUUUAUAUAUAAAGGUUAUACCGCUCAUCAAAUACACACUGCAUGCAAGUAGUAGCAUGGUUUAAUACUUAAAAAGAAAAGAAGCCUGAAUGAAGACAUCAACGUUACUGAAAAUUAAUUGCUUUUAGUGUUGCUGAAUUUAACCCUUUUCCCGAAUCUCAGAAAAAUGGAAGGCUUAUGGAUCCUUCUUUUAGCUGUUCAUAUUAUAUACUACUGUGCUGCAUUUACUACGACUAAAACCUAUUAUGAAGAACUGAUGUACGGCCAAACCCUUAGUAUCAGGUUGCCGGAUGAUGCUGUGAGUUUGGAGUUUAUCUCUGUGGAUGAGUCACGGACAGAUGUUCUUUGGUCCAAAGCUUCCAUAACUAAAAGGGGAACAGUAUCGGGAAGUAACAGCGACAAAAGAUUUGUAAUUCAUUCUGUCACAUAUGAUGAUCAAGGAAAAUACACUCUAAUUAACUAUUGGCACCAAAAGACUUCCAUCCAUUUAUUAAUGGUUGUUGCUAAAAGAAGUAUCCAGAAUUGUGUGGCUGGAGAGUCCUUAAACAUUUAUCUGGGUGGUCUUCCGACGGUUGAUGCCACGCUACGUUUUUCAAACCAAGAUUUAAACCUCACUCUGGUGGAGCGUGGCUCAGCUGUGGGCAACUUCCAUCCUGACUAUAUGGGACGUAUCAAGGUGACUAGUAGCAACAUUCAGUUGCUCAAUGUCAAUGUGUCAGAUGUUGGCAGCUACACACUCAGUGAUCGUCUAAAUCGCAAAAUCAAGAUCAUCUCUAUGAACUUGGUUGAUCAUCAUGAGGGAGUGAGUGCAGGUCCUUUAAUGAGUCUGCUGAUCUUGCUAGGUAUACCACCCUGUAUUUUCUGUUACUGCAGAAAGAAGACAUGUAGAAAGAACAACCAACCUACUACCACCAUAAACACUACAACUGCCACUGUGAAGUAUGACAACCAGAUAAAUCCACCUGGGCCUCCGCCAGGCUAUGCCAAUCCUGCAGCUCCCACAGCGGGCUAUACUCCUGGUUACACUCCUGUAGGUGAGAGUACUGUUCAUCCUCCUCCCAAUCCCACAUUUCCUCCUCAACAACCAUACAGCGGAUAUCCUGCCACAUCACCUGCUAUGCCCCCUAACCCUGGCCAUACUCCUGGUUACCCUCCUGUAGGUGAGGGUACUGUUUAUCCUCCUCCCAAUCCCGCAUUUCCUCCUCAACCACCGUACAGUGGAUACCCUGCCACAUCACCUGCUAUGCCCAUUAACCCUCCCUAUAACCCUGUCUACCCUGCUGCAUCUGGGUUUCCUCCAGCUCAGCCUCCUCAAUGGGGUGGUCCUCCCUGCAACCAACCUGUUCCUGCUGGUCUUGCACCAGUGAUGUAUAAUGCUCCUGCUGGCUCUGAGCCAGUUAAAGGGGAAAUACCUCCUUCAACUCCACUACUUGCACCUCCACAGCCUGAGGUGCCACAGCCUCCAGCUCCAGGCACUGGCACAAAUGUCCUUACCUCCUCUGGCUCUGCUGUGCAAUUCAAUGUCAGCAUGGGAAAGGACUCAAGCUCUAACUUCCUGUAGAUUUUCCAUCCUCCUUUACAAUCUCGUAUGCCUGCUAAUUUAACCAUAACUGAUGAACCGUUGGAUUGCCUUUGAAGGGUUCCUUAGAAGAGAUGUUCUUCCUUUGCAAUUGAUGUUUACUGAACAUGAUAAUGAUGUGAUUCUGUUAAGAAUAUGUACUGAAUGAGUAAAUAUAAUAAGAAAUGUUUAAGAUAUAUGUAGUUUUGUAGAUGAAGGACAAACUUAAUUAAAUAAGAGCGGCUAGAUGCUCAGUUGGCUAAUUACCAAGUCCUUUUUAAGCAAAAUGCUCCGUUAUAAUCUUCAAUAACCCAGCUCAGGUUACAUAUGUGUAUAUCUCACAUAUAUAUGCAUACACACACCAUAUGUAUGUAUAUUUUUUUAAUCCUAUUGAUAGGCAUAUUUAAUUCCUGUUAUCCUACAGUAUACAGUAUACUCGGUUUUUAGAUCCAAUUACUCUUGGUUAUUUGUUUUUAUACACUAUUUUCGUCAGUUUUUGUUGAAACCUGUACAGGUACUUGUAUGGCAGAUGUGAGGAGAGGUUUAUUUAUCGUUUUUGGAUGAGUCUCUACUGGUAUCAGAUGUAAAGCUGUUCCAAAAUGUUUUCCUUCAUAGGAAUGUUCCAUAAACACAUCAUUCUUUCCAGUUUUCCCUAACCCUAACCCUAACAAUCUUUCCACUAACAACAUAUCCCAUUUGGUUUUAUGUCUUAUUUUCUUAGUGUUUAUCUUGUAUAGACAUUUCUAUACCAGCCAGUUAUAAAUCUGGCCAUGUUAUCUUUUAUGCAUGUUUAGGCAACAUUUUGGUGUUUAGGAGUUUAUUAGUGUAGAAGGACAUUUAUCACUACUGAUAAAAAUGUGUACUGUACAUCUAUCAAUAUAUCUACCCUGGAGA